AUGGUCCGCCUUAAAAGCCGCUACCUUUUAGUCGAAAUUCUCUACCCCGACCCAUCAACAUGGCCGACCACCAAAUCUAAACGUUCAAACCCUCAACCCGCUCACCUAUCAAUCCACUCCCCAACUUCCGACGCGCUCACACCAGGACUUCUCGCAAAAAUGAUCCGUGAAGAAGUCGCCGAGAUGUACGGAGACUGGGGGAUUGGCAAAUUAGGCGGUGCCUCUGCCACCGGCGUAAACAUCAAAUACCUCUCUCCUGCAACAUCAACAGCCAUAAUCCGCGUCCCGCGAGCUGCAUUCCGUCUCGUGUGGUCCGCACUUACGUACAUGACCCAUGUCCCUGCUACGGGCGGUGAUGCUGGGGUGAGACGGCCAAACGGGGGUCGUGAGCGGGCUUGUGUGUUCAGAGUAUUGAGAGUUUCUGGGACAAUGCGGAAGGCGGAGGAGGAGGCUAUUUCGAGGGCGAGGAGGGAGAUAGUCAGGGUAAGAGGUAUUGAGGAGGAAGGGGUUCUUGGAGAUUUGUUGGGCGGGCAGAUGAAGGGGAGUAUUAUUCCUGGUCCUGUUCCCGUGAUGGAUGAGAGUGAGGACGAAGGAUUGAUGUUUGAUGAUGAGUGA